AUGUCGAAUGCCCGCAAGCUCAUCCUGAUCACUGGUGGAACUGGUUUCAUCGGAAACCAUACAAUUUCACAAUUCCUCUCGAACGGAUAUCGAGUUCGAGCGACAGAUACCCGUGACUGGUUCCUUUCUAUCCAUUCGAAACACCGGGACUCGCUGGAAACGCUGAUCGUCGCUGAUAUCACAAAACCCGGGGCCUUUGAUACGGCCGUCAAGGAUGUUGAUGGAAUUGUCCAUAUGGCGUCUCAAUUCACCUACAAGAUCACCGACAAUGAGAAGGAUUCAAUCAUACCUGCUAUGAAUGGUACAAAGGGAAUUUUGCAAAGCACGGUUUCCUUUGCGCCUAAGUUUAAGCGAGUUGUUUUAACUUCUUCGUUUGCCUCAAUUGCCGACUUUUCCAAGGGUCUAAGACCGGGACACGUGUAUGAGGAAUCACAGUGGAGUUCUCUGACCUACCAGGCGACGAAGGAUGAUAAGAGAGGUCUUGCCUAUGCUUGA